UACAGUCAGGAUGGCUAAAGGUGACCCCAAGAAGCCAAAGGGCAAGAUGACUGCCUAUGCCUUCUUUGUGCAGACUUGCAGAGAAGAGCAUAAGAAGAAAAACCCAGAGGUCCCUGUCAAUUUUGCAGAGUUUUCCAAGAAGUGUUCUGAGAGGUGGAAGACAAUGUCCAGCAAGGAGAAGUCCAAGUUAGAUGAAAUGGCGAAGGUGGAUAAAGUGCGCUAUGAUCGAGAAAUGAAAGAUUAUGGACCAGCUAAAGGAGGCCAGAAGAAAAAGGACCCCAAUGCCCCCAAAAGACCACCGUCUGGAUUUUCCUUAUUCUGUUCGGAAUUCCGUCCCCAGAUCAAGUCCACAAACCCUGGCAUCUCUAUUGGAGAUGUGGCCAAGAAGCUGGGCGAGACGUGGAAUAACUUGAGUGACAGCGAGAAGCAGCCGUAUGUCAGCAAGGCGGCCAAGCUGAAGGAGAAGUACGAGAAGGAUGUUGCGGACUACAAGUCCAAAGGGAAGUUUGAUGGCGCCAAGGGUCCUGCCAAAGUUGCCCGGAAAAAGGUGGAAGAGGAAGAUGAAGAGGAGGAGCAGGAGGAAGAGGAGGAGGAGGAGGAGGAUGAAUAA